AUGACCGAUACAGAUGAUUUGGAUGUGGACAGAAUGUUAGAAGAAGAACUUGAUAUCAGCUUACCAUCAACAACAACUAAGAUAUCAUCAAAUAAUCGAGUUGAGAAAGAACAGCGUGAUAAUUCCUCAAAAUCCCAUCGAAAAGAUAAAGGACACAUACAGUCGUCAACAUCGUCAUCCUCGCACCGUCAUUCCCAUAAACAUUUGAAAAGCUAUAAGGAACAUAAAGAGAACACAGAUCGCGAUAAAAGACGUAGUAGAGAUCGUGAUCCAAAAGGAAGAAAAAUUAAACGCGAGCAUCGUCCAAAUAACGAUACCAAUUAUCUGUCAAAAGAACAGACGCAACAAAAGCAAGCAUCCUUUGAUCACCAAUCACAAUCUCAACAAAGAUAUCGUUCUUCGCCGUCAUUGAGUAAAAAAGCAAAUUUAUCAAAAGCACGAGAUUUUGAUAGUGAUUUACAUUCAAUAAGUAAAUCAAGUGGUAAUCAACGACAACAACGUUCACGUUCCAGAGAUGGUGAUAGUAAGAAACGUUUAGGAAAUGAUAAAUCACCAGAAUUAAGUCCAGAAGAACGGGAUAAGCGUACAGUUUUGUGUAUGCAAUUAGCAGCUAGAAUUCGUCCUCGAGAUUUAGAAGAAUUAUUUUCUAAAAUAGGAAAAGUGCGAGAUGUGCGUCUGAUAACAGAUCCACGAACAAGACGAUCCAAAGGUGUGGCUUAUGUUGAAUUUCGUGAUUUGGAUUGCGUUAAUCAAGCAAUUUCGCUAUCAGGACAAAAAGUAUUAGGUGUACCGAUUAUUGUGAAAGAGUCCAAUGCUGAAAAGAAUCGUUCAGCGAAUCAAUCUCAUAUCAGCGGACAAUUUCCAUUUCAACAAUCAACCGUGCCUCAAACUGGUCCGAUGAAAUUAUAUGUUGGUUCAUUGCAUUUCAAUAUUACCGAAGAAAUGUUACGCGGAAUAUUUGAACCAUUUGGUCGUAUUGAAUCAAUCAAUUUGAUGAAAGAUACAGAGACGGCACAGUCGCGGGGCUAUGCAUUCAUUCAGUUCGCUCAUGCUGAAGAUGCCAAACGUGCAAUGGAAAACUUGAACGGUUUCGAACUAGCUGGUCGACCGAUGAAAGUUGGUCACGUCACUGAGCGUGUGAAUGAUGGCGGUUUAGCAUCGAAUCUGGACUCUGAAGAAUUAGAUGAGCGUGGAAUUAAUUUAGGUGCAACAGGUCGUUUAGCUUUGAUGGCUAAAUUAGCAGAUGGUAGUGGAUUACAAAUGCCUCAAUAUACAUUGAAUGCAUUAAACAUGGCACAACAGAGCUGGUGUUUGUAG